AGAUACAAAAAUUAGCUGGGCAUGGUGGCAGGUGCCUGUAAUCCCAGCUACUGGGGAUAAUAAUCAACUGACACAGCAUAUCCAAGAGUAUUGCCUAGAAAUCUAUAUUUAUUAAAAAUAAAACUGCCUAAGAUGUUCUAGGAAGAUGCCAAGAAGAGUCCAAGGCCAUGACCUUCUCAUCAACUCCUUGCUGGGUGCAAUUCCAUCCAUAAGAAUAUGGCCUAAAUUCAAAUACAACUGCGACUUUGUAUUGUCUAGAAGAUGAAUCAGGAGUAGGGCUCUGUGAAGUAUAGCAUAAAAAGCCAAGUUUUUUUACAAGAUGGGAAAAACCAAGGACUUAGUGACUUGAGAGGAUAUCAGUAUUUCUGGUGGAGCUUUGGUGGGUCAAAGACCAUUCAUCUUGCUGCUUGAUGAGGGUGGCUACUUCCCUGAACCUCAUGGAGACACACUGUACGGGAAGAAGUGCCUCCUCCUGCCCGUCAUCUGCAAUUCUCGUCUGACACCAUGGUCAGCUUCUGUUGUGGUUCUGUCUGCUCUGAACAGAGCUGUGGCCAAGGCCUCUGCCAGACGUGCUGCUGCCCCAGCUGCUGCCAGAUCACCUGCUGCAGAACGACUCGCUACCAUCCCAGCUGCUGUGUGUCCAGGUGCUGCAGGCCGCGGUGCUGCCAGUCCCUGUGCUGCCAGCCCACCUGCUGCUGCCCCAGCUGCCACAUUUCUAGCUGCUGCCGCCCCAGCUGCUGUGUGUCCAGCUGCUCCAGGCCCAGCUGUUAUAAUCCCCAGUGCUGCCAAUCCUCCUACUGCCGCCCUUUUGCUGCACUUCUAGCUGCUGCCACCCUGGCUGCUGUGUGUCCAGCUGCUGUCAUCCAGUCUGCUGCCAGACCACCUGCUGUGGCCCAGUCUCCUGUGAAUCCUCUUGCUGUUGAACUUCAUUCCUGACCACCAGCCCUGGUUCAACCACCAUGUUGUCAGUGUACUAGUCAUUCUCCUUCCUCUUCUCCACUGGACCUGGCCUUGCUGUGAUCCACCACUACAAAUAUAUAGCUAAUUCCACCAAGCAACCAUUUUAAAAACAACAAUUUAAAUGAAUAUCUUACAAAACCUCCAACUUCUAUGCUUGGUGUGCAGUCAGAAGACCAGCUAUCUCACACUAUUUCAUUGGAACAGGCUUCUAAGCUUACA